AUGGAUAACUUCGAGUACAGCAUCCAUCUGAACGACCGCGAAUGGGCUGAGUUCUUCCAGGCCUCCGAGGAGUGCAGCCUGGCACCGGCCUCGCUGGCCACGGCCGAGGAGCAGUGCCUCAGUGACAUUGAGCAAGGGGACACCUCGGGACGGGACUGUCCCCGCAGCGGCGACCGGGGGAUCGCAGCCAGGCCGGGCAGCGAGCCAGGGGCUGGCACGGGCAGGCCUGCCCCACGUGGGGUGGCCAGUGACACAGCCCUGAGCUGGCCCCAGCGUGGGCACCUCUCGGUGCCGGAGCUGCUGUCGGGCAGCGAGGACGAGGCGGAGCUGGGCUCUGUGGGCAGGUUCCUGUGUGACAGCGACAAGCCCAGCCUGGCACCCGCUGCCAUGCCCAGCGCACAGAGGAGGCAGCCACCAAGGCCACCCGCGGCCACCACGGCCGGUGGCACAGCCCAGGACAACCCCGGGCAGGACGCGGCGGAGAAAGGAGAGUCCGGAGACAGCCAGGCCAUGGAGACCCCCGUACCCCCCGAGCAGGGCGGGCAGGGAUCGGCCGAGAGCGGCGCUGAGCCCGGGCUGCGGGGACCCUCGGGGGACCCCCCGAGCCCAGCCCCGGGGUCGGUGCCCAGGGUGGCACCGGAGGAGGAGAAGGCGGGCACGGAGCCGAGCUCCCCGGGCGGAUCUCCCAGCGUGGUGAGACCCAAGGUGCCGGCACAGCCGAGGAAGAGCCGCAGGCAGCGCGGAGCCAGCUCCACCGAGGGGGACAGGGACCCUGCGGGGGCUGCGGCACCGGGAGCCACCGGAGCCGGGAAGGCACCCCCGACCUCCCCGAUGUCCCCUCGGAAGGGCAGAGGGAAGGACAAGGCGGCCAAGGGAGCGCUGGUGAGGCUGGGGAGCGAGGAAGCUGCAGAGAACAAGCGGUCAGUGCCCGGCCCGGGCGGGGACGGCGGCGAUGCCGGGACUGCUCCCCCAAAGCAGAGGGGGAAGGAGCCGGGGGCGCAGUCCCCAGGGAAGGCAAAAGCCACCAAGAACCCAAGGGCAGGGCAGGCCGGUGGCUUGGGCGUACGUGACAGUGUCCCAGAGGUCCCUGGAGACGCAGAGCCAUGCCAGGAGAUGCCAGGGAAGCCUCUGCAGCCCGGGAGUGCAGCAGCUUUUGGAGGGAAUGCUGCUGAGGGGGCUGGGGGGGAUCCUGCAGCUGAGAUCCCCAGGGCCAGGAGCCCCCUGUGCUUUGCUGACGGGGCCUCUCCCAAAUCCAACUCUCUGGAUGUGACCUGGCCCGAGAUGUACGAGUACCUGUUCUGUGAUUCCCAGGAGGAGGACGAGCUGGGGAGCUCCUUGGAGGGGAGGAAAUCCCCCUUGCAAAGGGAAAUCUCCUGGCCUGAACUCUACGAGUAUUUGUUCAAUGAACCAGAAGGAAGCAGGAAAAAAGGCAAAGCUAAAGACAGGAAAAGAAAGAAGUUCAGCGGCUUGGAGAGCACUGGGAUGCAAAAGGAGGAUCCCAGCUCCGCCCCAGGCAAGGACACCGUGGUUAUCUCAGUCCCUGAUGUGUAUGAACACUUCUUCCCAGAGAGACCCCAGAACAGGAUGGGCUGGAGAGGGAUUUUCUCCAUGGCUCCGGCCUCCGAGGUGAAGAAAGCUGUGGGGGCUUUGAGUUCCCUGCUGCAAAGGCAAAUCCAGCUGGGAGGAGGCCAAGCCCCAAGCUCCCAGGCCCUGGUGCCCAGGAGAUCUGGAGAGGAGCUCGCCCUGGUCCCGCUGGGAGGAGCCCAGGUGUGGCCAGAAGAUGCAGACAGGACCCUGGCACUGAGAGGAGCAGCAGAGGACCCUCGGGUGCUGAGCCACAAGGACAUGUGCCUCGUCUUCUGUGCCUUCGCCUCCUGGGCCGUGAAGACAUCUGACCUGCAGGCUCCGGAUGCCUGGAAGACCAUGUUCCUGGCAAGCUUCGGCACCCUCUCGGCCAUCCGCUACUUCCGAAGGCAGGUCAGGGAAGGGCACCCCCGGACUUAA